AUGGCAGCCACGGAACAGCGCUUCCCUGCAGGCGCUUCUCCUUCACCUGAGCACGAGUGCGUGUCCGUCCAGACGCCGCCAAAAGUCACCGUCCAUGUGCAGGCCGACGUGGUGUCCAUGGGGGCGAAUCCUGUUGAGCGCAUAGAAGACGUCCCUAUCCCGGCUCCAGCGGACAAUCGCUCGACGAAAGGGUACUGUCAGAAGUGCAACCGUUACCUGGGCGAGUUCUAUAAUUCCUGGUGCAGGAUCACUGGCAGCUACUAUGUCCCUGCCCUGCGCGGAUCUUACCGAAGCCUCUUGGUCAACAGUGGCAGGCAACAGGCAGCGGCCAGGGGUACAGAUCUUGAAGGAUGCACAAUACAGCCCGUUUGCUGUCCAGCGCUCUGCACUGAAUCGCCAUUUGGGUUUUCCGUAGUAGAUGCGCCUCCUGGUAAACGGCACUAUCGCGACCGAGAUUUCUUCAAGCUCAGCCGCAUCGAACUGAGAUGCGAGUUGUCGCCAACCCAAGUUAUCAUUGUAAAGCCUUUGGAGCACACAUCGAAAGAUCUCCUGAAGACUGAGGAUUCUUUCAGCCCCUCACCUACACCGGAACCGUCAGCAUUGGCCACAUUCAUGGCAGGCGUUGCAAUGGACUCACUUCCACCCAGACAGGGUUAUCAACAUGCCCACCAAGAAUCUCACCGGGAUCUUACCUAUGAACAAGCCAUGGUGCAACACCGCGACAACAACAGACGGCUGUCUAUAUCAACAGCUGCACGUUCUCCCCAGACAUCCACAGCUCGGCCCAACAGCAGAUCAAAAGCCCAGAAUCACCAAGGGGAAACACCGCCACAGCUGACUCAGCCGACUGUCGAGAAGAGGAACUAUAAGAAUGGUUCAUUCACUGCCCCUGUGAGUGCACCACUCACUGCUACGCAUGCACAUGCGCCAGACGGGACUAUGAAACACUCUCCCUACGAAUCUCGCAAGUCGCAACAUCAGCCCUAUCCUCGUUCACCGCCAGAGGUCAGCCUUGACGCGAUCCAGCGACUGCAGACUCAGAUCUCUCAGAAUAGCGGUGCUCUUGCCGCCCAUACCCGUGAUAUCAGACGCGGGGAAGAGUCUCAUGUUUACCUUGGAGAAACACUGCGUCGCGAAUUCAGCAGCCAGAUAGCCUUUCAGAGCGGAGAGCUGCAGCGUGUUGACGGCGCAGUAGUGAGAUUAUCACACGAAAUACAGGCGAUGCGGCAGGUUCUGGAGAGUUUGAAGCAUGAAUUAAACGUUAGUAGGGCUGAAGGCCACCCGCAACAACAUCCAGGGGCACCAUCAGCACAACAAGCGAGCGGGCAAGAUUCGGCUAUCGAACUGAUGGCUCAGCAAUUAUUAAUCACUACACAAAAGGCAAACGAGGUGGAUAUGCUUAAAAUCACAAUUGAGAUCAUGAAGAACAAGAUCCAACGCCUAGAAGAAACGGACCGUAAACCUUCCGGUCCUGGACCUGUUCUACAGCCUGUAAAUCUACGCGAACCCACUUCUGCGCAGCCAUCCCCAGAGUUGCAGCCGCACCAUCCUUUCACGACGCACGCGACGACAACGACGACGACGCCUGAGACCACCCUACAUCAUGAUCAUGUACCUAGCCAAAACAGUGGAUGGGCAGCCGUAAAUUCCGGUGUCAAGCGCAGCCAUGGGACUGAAGUGGAUAACCUGUACAAUAUUCAUGCACAAAUUCCUAGUUCGGCCAAGCGACAAAGAUUAACCACCGAGUCGGCUCCGUCUUUCGUCAGCUCUACGCUAGCAUCUCAUACACCUGCCCAAGAUUCUCAGUCUCAGUUUAUGCCGCCUGUACACCCAUUACCCUCACAGCCACGCUUGAAUGGGUCAGUUGUCAGUACUCAGUCACAGCCACCCUCGAAUGCACCAUUCGGUACACACGAUUACCCCCAAGAUGACAGUUGGAGAGCAGCCUCUCAGCGAGAUGUAGAACACCGUCCUCGUGACAGAGGAAGAGGCGGGGGACCCGGAAGUCGCGGCGGAAGGGUCAGAAAGAGUAUGCCAGUCCAGUUCCACAGUCCAGAUUGGGAACGCGAGGACUGGCGUGGUGCGUCAGAGUCACAGACUCUUACUGAUGGGUUCUACAAUCAUGCUGUGCGUGGAACGCCUGGUAUCGCACGCCGCGGUACCGGAGGUGGCGGAGGCAGUACUCGUCGUGGCUAUACGCCUUCCACCGAUCGUGCGAUGACCAUUAGUGGGACUCUUGCCAUUGGCGUCGAGUCUGGUGGUGAGACGUACGAGGUCGGAAAGAAGACUCGAACUAAACCUGUUCGGAAUGCUGAUGGCAUACUGAUCCGCAAAGAUGGUCGCCCGGAUAUGCGCUCUCAGUCAUCAGCAGCGAACCUGCGUAAGGUGCAUGCGCGACGAGAGGGAGAGAGUGAGUCGUCGCCCUCUGGGACGCCCACCCAUCUUCAAGACCAUGCAUCGACACAGGCGACCGAGACGCCCAGUCCAAGUGGCCGUGGAGCCUUGGAGACUGCAAAGUCUAAGCAUGAUGCAAUCAUGGGUAAAAUGUUUCCGCGCGGGGUAGAUGAAUCGCGGUUACAGCAUGACUAUACGCGCGAGCUUUUUGACAAGGGCCACGAGGAUACCAUUCAUUCGCGGGCCCAGACCACUCGAUCUACCGCCAAAUCUUCGCUGCAGAUCAAGAGCGAGCAUGUCGAGUCCCAUCCCAUUGCCGACACGCAAAGCCCACACGAGGAGGAGGUGCGCGCCGAAACAACCCCGAGGGAUAGUAGCCCUGGUAUUCAGGUGCAGACGCUAGAGGCACAGAGGACAGCGGCUAGUGGGUCACCUACAAGCCGUUCGGAGAGUCAGAAUAAUCCGGCCAUUCCGGAGACCCAGUCGACUGAUGCAUCCUAA